UUAAGGUAAGAUUACAGCCAAAACUCCCUAGAUCACCAUGGACUUCUCUUUUCAUUUCCAAACAAUUCAAUUGGCUCUUGUUUUGAUAUUUCUCUAUGGUUUAUGGAGAACCAUGUCUAUAACCAGGGAGAGAAAAGGCAAGAAAAACAGAGUACCUGAACCAUCCGGGGCAUGGCCCUUUGUUGGUCACCUACAUCUCCUAGGUGGCAAAGAACCAGCUUGUAAAAUCCUUGGAGCCAUUGCUGAUAAAGCUGGCUCAAUUUAUUCACUCAGGCUGGGUCUGAACCAAAUAUUAGUGGUGAGUGGUUGGGAAAUGGCAAGGGAAUGCUUGGCUACGAACGACAGAAUUUUUGCUACCAGAGCAAGCAUAGCAGCUGGAAAACACAUGGGUUACAAUAAUGCAAUCCUUGCAUUAGCCCCAUAUGGAGCAUACUGGCGGGACAUUAGAAAGCUGGCUACUCUUCAGCUUCUAUCGAACCACCGGCUUGAAAUGCUUAAGCAUGUCCGGUUAUCGGAAGUUAACAUGUUCUUGAAAGAUUUGCAUAAUAUAUAUGUAGAGAAUGCGAGAAAUCCUUCCAAGGUGACUAUAUGCAAGUUGUUCGAGCAAGUUACGUUCAAUAUAAGCUUAAGAAAGAUAGUUGGGAAGAGAUUUUCAAGCAGCACAUAUGGGGAAGAAAACAGCGAAGCCUGGAGGUACAAAAAGGCCAUAGAAGAAGCUCUAUAUUUGAGUGGGACAUUUGUGAUGUCAGAUGCAAUUCCAUGGUUGGAAUGGAUGGAUUAUAUGGGGCAUAUCAGCGCCAUGAAGAGGACUGCCAAGGAACUUGACGCAGUGAUAAGCACUUGGCUGGAGGAACAUGUUAAAAAACGAUUGUUGAAAGAAGACAUGGAUGGCGAAAGUGACUUGAUGGACAUCAUGCUUGAAAACCUGGCUGAAGAUGCUGUGAUGUCUGGUCAUACGCGUGAUACUGUCAUCAAGGCAACUACUAUGAUUCUAACCCUCACCGGAGCUGGAAGCACAGCAGUUACAUUGACAUGGGCAUUGUCUCUGCUACUAAACAACCCAAGCGUGCUGAAAGCAGCCCAAGAAGAGGUGGACGUUCAUGUAGGGAAAGAAAAGUGGGUGCAAGAAUCAGAUGUUCCCAAACUGAAAUAUCUGCAGGCAAUUGUCAAAGAAACUCUACGCUUAUACCCACCUGGCCCUCUAACAGGAAUACGUCAGGCCAUGGAAGACUGUGAUCUGGGUGGGUAUCAUGUCUCCAAGGGCACACGACUAGUAGUUAACAUAUGGAAGCUACAACGAGACCCUCUUGUCUGGAAAAAUCCAAACCAGUUUCAACCUGAGAGAUUUCUCACAACUCAUGCUCAUAUUGAUGUUAGGGGUCAAAAUUUCGAGUAUAUUCCUUUUAGCUCUGGGAGAAGAUCGUGCCCUGCUAUUACUUUUGGCCUGCAAGUGGUUCACUUAACCCUUGCUCGGCUUCUUCAGGGAUUUGAUUUGACGACGGUUGCAGGCUUGCCUGUGGAUAUGAAGGAAGGCCAGGGGAUUGCUUUGCCGAAAGUUAAUCCAGUUGAAGUGAUUAUCAAACCCCGCCUCGAUUCGGAGCUCUAUCAAUGUCUUUGAAUCAACUACAUGUCGUUUAUAGGUUUGAAAACGUACUAGCCUACCGUGGAAAUAUGUCUACUAGACAUUGGAUUUUAGUGUAACAGUGGCCCAAUAAUUUUAGCUAAUAAAUGUUUGGUCAAUGUAUAAUUGGGCCCCUUUUUAGUGACCAAUAUGAUUAUGAAAGGGUUGGAAUAAUAAUAACGUAUUUAAAUUUUAA